AGGUCACUGAUAUGAUGCAGAAAGCUCUUUUUGACUUCUUAAAACACCGGUUUGAUGGCAGGAUAACUAUCACACGUGUGACAGCAGACAUCUCACUGGCGAAGAGAUCAGUGCUUAACAAUCCCAGCAAGAGAGCCAUUAUUGAGCGCUCAAACACCAGAUCCAGCCUUGCUGAGGUACAGAGUGAGAUUGAGCGUAUAUUUGAACUAGCUCGAUCGCUCCAGCUGGUAGUGUUGGACGCAGACACCAUCAACCAUCCUGCUCAGCUGAUGAAGACUUCACUAGCACCCAUUAUCGUCCAUGUCAAAGUGUCCUCGCCGAAGGUCCUCCAGAGGCUCAUCAAGUCCAGAGGAAAGUCGCAGAGUAAACACCUCAACGUACAGCUCGUAGCGGCUGACAAACUAGCGCAGUGUCCUCCGGAGAUGUUUGAUAUUAUCUUGGAUGAGAAUCAGUUGGAAGACGCCUGCGAGCAUUUGGCGGAGUAUCUGGAGGCAUACUGGAAGGCCACACACACCUCCAGCAGUACCCCGCUCAACCCGCUGCUGGGCAGAAACCUUGGCCCAGCUGCCCUCGCCCCGUACACUACAUCUGCCAUAUCUGGCUUGCAGAAUCAACAGGGGCAAAAAACACGGCACGCCAACCACACCGGGGACCACUCCACCCCCAAUGAACGGCGCAACUUGAUGACCUCAGACGAGAACUACCACAACGAACGGGCGCACAAGGGACGAAACCGGGGCUCCUCUGGCUCGCAGCACGGUGGCAGCGGUAGAGACCACCACUACAUGGAGGAGCAGCAGGGCUACCAGGACCCCUACCAGGACACCUACAAGCCCCACCGCAACCGCAGUUCCCCGGGCAGCUACAGCCAGGACUCACGACACCGGCUCUGAGAAGCUCCGGCCCGUGUCCUCCUCCAAGCCUGAGCCACCGAGCCAAGAUGGCUUCUGUCCAGAAUUGUACACAUCUUCCAUUUGGUUUUCGUUUCAUUAGGGUCUCCUGAGCUACAAAGCAGAAACUUUGUUUUUAACCCCUCCCGAACCUGUACCAUCUGACCGAAGCCUGCACAUCCACAAGCUUAACACAAGGCUCUCUGGGAAAAGGAGACCAUUCGACAUGCAAUGCAGCAGAAACUUGACACUUGUUAUGUUUUCACUUGUUAAUAUGCUUGUUGAUUUUUGGUUUGGUCAAUUCUGUUGCAAAAGGGCAGGUUUUCCUUCUACCAAGCAGCUGUUUUACUUUCAGAUGGAAUGGAAUGAUUGCUUGGCCCUAAAAAGCGAACGUUCUGUGAAGCUAGAUUCAGCAGAGAAUCAGAAAGUAUAUACUGAAUAAGGAGCUCAUUUAGUCUUUGUUUGCCAGCAUGUUACCUGACCGCAUGCUUCCCCCUGUCAUUAGUGCAUAACUUGAGCGGAAAGACCAGAAGAUGACGCGCUGUGAUCAUUGCCCCAAGAAAAAUGGCUGCCAAACUGGAACAUUUCAAUCCUAACGUAACACAAACCUACUGCCAGCUGUCUUUUGUUACAGAAAUGGAAUCUUAAUACCUUGAUCUUGGAGUUUUCCGAUCUCAUGCGACUGAAUUUCCACAUUAUUUGAGCAGUAAAUAGCAGGAAUCCUAGAUUCAGCCACUUUAGCAUGAUGCACUGCAUUCUAGCACUCAUUCGUUCUUUUUCUAGUUAGGAAGACAGCUUAAAGAGAACAUUGGAAUGCUGAACUAAAGUGUCGCCGUGAUCUAGUCCUCAGUAGAGUUAGCAAGCGUUCACAAGAUUCAUUUUCAUUUGAAAGCUGAAAUUGGAGCAUUUGGGUAAUUAGUUUACUUAAAAAAAGAGCAUUUUCCUAAAUGUAACUCUGGGAUGGACAGGUUUAUUUGAAUCUUUGGAAGAUGACUGGCUGCCUGUGCUCCACCCUGCCAACCGAGGCCAACGCCGUCCGGUCUACUUCAGUAGAUACACAGUGCCCUCCUCAGUGGCUCAAAUGCUACAGACUCAACCCACCAAGUUGUCGUUCUUCUGCUCGUAUGUUUUCAGCGUAAAUAGGACAGUCCGAGGACAAGUAGAUCCUCAAAAAGUGGAAGCUUUCAGACCCAAGGCCUUGGCACACCAUGGAUUUCCUCGCCUGCAUAUUCCUGCCUUAUUGAUUUAUGCUAGUUUGUGCAUUUUCAGAAGAAUACAUUUGAAAGAAAAAACAAACUGAGGACCGCAUUCUGUAUGCAUUUGUCUAUGAGCAUGCUUCUCUGUUAAUUAUAUAAUGAGGAUGAAUGAACAUGAGGAAUCUGGCAGUCGAUGCCCAUUUGACUA